GCUGCAUGUAAGCAUUGGGACGCGAAGGGGUUCAGGGUCUUAUGGUGGUUUGGGAGAGUUCUCCUUGUUCGUCAACCACAUUUCAAAAUGGCUGGAGUGCCAGUAUGCCUGCUCCUUUACCUCUUCGCCAGCUCCGUGCUUCAAGUCAUGGGCCGAGAUGUCUUUCUCAACUCCCAAAGAGCCUCUGAAGUUUUUAUUAGACAGAGGCGAGCAAAUUCUUUCUUGGAGGAGAUGAAGCCAGGGAACCUGGAGCGCGAGUGUCUGGAGGAGAUAUGCGAUCAUGAGGAGGCUCGAGAAGUCUUUGAGCAACCCGAUCCAACGGCUGUCUUUUGGUGGAAGUACCUGGGUUGUAAGGGCACAACAUUGGCAAGAGAUGAGGCAUCAAUAAGCACUCUCAGAACAUGCCUGAAUGAAACGGGUGAUUGCGCCAAUGGGCUUGGAGAGUCAUACAGUUCUGCCGUAGCUUACACUUCCAGUGGAAAAAUAUGUCAGUAUUGGAGCAGCAACUUUCCUCACAAAAUAACGGAAUUCAAUGCUUCCCUUGAUUCCACAUUAGAGGUAAACUAUUGCCGAAAUCCUGACCAGAGUCCAGAGGGACCCUGGUGCUUCACACGUGACCCAGAUGUGAGAAGAGAGGGCUGUGGUGUCCCCAGCUGUGAGGGAGCAUUCACUCAAGCCCCUGUUCCCAAAAAAGUGGAAGAGGCUGUGACUUACACCAAUAAAGCCAACUGCCUGCCUGAUGCUGGCAAAGGUUAUACAGGAACUCAAUCUGUCACUGUACAAGGUCACACAUGUCUGCCCUGGACUUCACCUAAAGCAGUCAAACUGUCCAAAGACAAAGAAUUCCUGAAGGAAGUUAAACUCGAGGGAAAUUACUGCCGAAAUCCUGAUGGCGACCCUGAAGGACUGUGGUGCUAUGUCGAUUACCCCAACAAAACCAUGGACUAUUGUGACCUGGAGUUGUGUGAGGAUGUUCUUGAAUCUGAUUUGGAUAUCACCCAAAUACGGGAGAGGACUGUAAGGCCUGGUCCUAAAAAGCCUUUCUUCAGCCCUCGCAGUUUUGGCACAGGAGAGAUGGUGUGUGGAAAGCGGCCCCUGUUCGAAGACGCGAGAAAAGCUGAUGAUGGCGAGGUGGAGCUGUUUGAAUCUUACCGUGAACAGAGAAUCGUAAAAGGAAUAGAUGCCGAAAUUGGAAGCGCACCAUGGCAGGUGAUGCUGUACAAGCGUGAUCCGCAAGAGCUGCUAUGUGGGGCUAGUUUGAUCAGUAACGAGUGGGUGCUCACCGCGGCUCACUGUAUCCUCUACCCACCCUGGAACAAGAACUUCACCAUCAAUGAUAUUCUUGUUCGAAUAGGCAAGCACUCUCGCUCAAAGUAUGAGAGAGGCAUUGAGAAGAUUGCUGCCCUUGAUAAAAUUAUUGUCCAUCCCAAGUACAACUGGAGAGAAAAUCUCAACCGAGACAUUGCUCUGUUACAUAUGAGGAGGCCUAUUGACUUCACAGAUAGAAUUCAUCCAAUUUGCCUCCCCACCAGACAGGUGGCCUCAGAUUUAAUGAAUGUUGGAUUUAAGGGUCGUGUAACAGGUUGGGGUAAUCUAUUUGAGACCUGGUCCUCCACUCCAAAAGCACACCCAUCCGUUCUCCAGCAGAUCCAGCUGCCUAUCGCUGAUCAGGAGACUUGUCGGAAGUCUACUAAUAUUCGCAUCACUGACAACAUGUUUUGUGCCGGAUUUGAUCCUAAAGAAAGUAACAGAGGUGAUGCUUGUGAGGGUGACAGUGGCGGUCCCUUUGUCAUGAAGAGUCCAACUGAUGAGCGCUGGUAUCAGAUUGGAAUUGUGUCCUGGGGUGAGGGCUGUGACCGGGAUGGAAAGUACGGGUUCUACACUCAUCUUUUCCGCAUGAGAAGGUGGAUGAGGAAGGUCAUUGAAGACGCAGAUGAUGAUGAAUAAUGGGUUGUUUAGCGCCACUGCCACAUGCCUUCCAAAUGUUAUCAUUGUGGAGGUGUGUCAGAGAGAGAGAGAGAAAGAGGCAGCAGUUGUUCAUUCACUCUGCUCGACAAAAGUGAUGGAUCACUUUUAUCUGGAACAUUUGCAAAUCGCUACUUGGAAUUGAAAUAAAAAAUAAAUGAAAUGAAAUUA